UUGAUAAUACUCUGAAAUGGAUUUUAAUUUAACGGACGCUGAAUUUGUACUAUUAACAACUGUACAAGUUAUAAAAAGAGUAAUUGAGUAAUUAGAAAGUUGUCUCUCCUCGGAUGUGUCCGGGUUAAAAAAGUAUAUAUAUACUUGAUUAUUUGCGCACGUUUACCAUUCUAGGCAUCCCGUAAUAAUUAUCACUUGCAGUUUGUGAUUGUGAAUAUCUGGCAAUUUGAAAUAAUAAAUACCCGGACAUUUCUUAUUUGUGAUUUUCAUUACACUACAAUUUGUAAUUGUAAAUGCAUUGCAUUUUUAAUUUAAUAUUUUUCAAUAUGUUUGAAAAAAUAGAAAUAUCGGGAUUACUGUUCAAGCAUAUCAUUUUUGCUUUGUACAUCUUACGUGCGAAAUGUGUAUCAGACAACUUUGAUUUCCGGGCGUUCCCUGCCGAUUUAAGAAUGGUGCAGGGUGUCCCCUUUCCAUUGAAAGUUGGUGUAAGCCAAUGUUGUCUUGUCUGCGCAUCUGAUGACACAUGUACAUCAGUCAACUUUAAUAAAGUUUCGCAGGUUUGUGAAAUAAAUACCCUGAAAAUGAAGUCCAGGGAAUACCACAUGCAGUCUGAAACCGGAUGGAAACUGUACGAAAAGCUACCAUGUGGCCUUGGUUACAUGACCGGCGAACGAUGUCGCCACAUACAAAACCAGUUUCAAUAUUAUGUACCGCUUACCCACCAAAAUGCGUCCGACUUCUGCAAUUUACUGGGUGAAAAUAUUCUGACUCUUGAAAAUGAACAAGACAAACUAGACCUUCAAUCCGACGCAGGUCUAGCUGAGAUGGAUACAGAUGCUUUCAUUUGGCUUCGUGACAGAAUCGGAACUAGCUGCGCGUUUUUUAGAAGGGAGUUUGCCGACGAAAAAAUGCGUAAUUGUGACUUAAAUGCUAACAUAGUCUGCGAAUGACUGAAGAGAAUUUUGAUA